AUGACAAAAACGUUUGAAGAGACUACUUCCGCUAUCCAGGGAAGUAAAAAUGAAAGUCUUAUCACAGCAAAUCAAGCUGAUGAUGAUAGUAACUACUCGUCGGUAAUAAUCAUCGGAUCAGGCAUUUCUGGAGUCAAAUGUGCAGUUGAUCUGACAAAUAAGAAUAUUGAUGUACGCAUGCUCGAAGCCCAAGAUCACGUUGGUGGUCGAUUGAAAACCUAUAGAGAUGAUGAGGGUCGUCAUUAUGAUUUAGGUGCUUCGUGGUUACAUGAUACUUUACAGAACGAGUUAUUUGAGCAUGCUAUUGAUCUCGGUUGUAAACUAUAUUACGACGAUGGUGACUGGGGUUGGUAUACAAACCAAGGAGAAAGAAUUCCAAAUUCACUCAAAGCUCAGAGAGUUGUAUUUGAUGCUGAACAUAAGAUUCAACUGGCGUAUGAGGACUUAACUUUACCUGACAAGUCUCUUAAAGAGUUUACGGAAGAAUUUGUCCAGACUCAUCCAUUGAUAACUGAGGAACAAAAGGUACUUGCUCCUCAGAUGAUGAGAUAUCUCGAGCUAUGGCACGCUAUUCCUUGGGACAGAGUAUCAGCCAAGUAUGGUAUUCCUGAGCAUUUCGGUCGAGACGCUUUUGUCACCAGUGGCUAUGAUAAAAUCUUCACAUCGGUGUACGAGCAAAUCGACCGCACCAACCUAAAACUGCAUUUAAAUAGCGAAGUGAUUAAUAUUUCACGAGCUAAUGAUAAGGAGAGGCUUUAUACCGUGAAAACCAAGUCUGGAGAAACGUAUACGUCGAAAUACGUUCUUGUCACUAUACCAGCAGGUGCCCUGAAGUACACUCACCAGGACUUAUUUGCACCCAACCUCCUCCCAAAACCCUUAGAAACCGUUAUUCAUGAGAUGGAACUUGCUGCUUUGGGUAAAUUUGUUCUUGAAUUCGAAUCGGUGUUCUGGCCGGAAGACCUGGAUAACAUGGUUUCUCUUGGUAACGAUGCAUUAAAAUCACUGACUCCCGGUGCUCAUCCGUUGGUUUUCACAAAUGGCAAGCCACUUUUUGGAAGGAAUUGCCUUCUUGCUCUCACAUCUCCUCCAUUAACGCAUUAUCUUGAAGCUAAUCCGGAUAAGGUCUAUGACUUUUUUGAACCUGCUUUGAAGGGGUUCAGAGUUGACAAAAGUAAGCCGCUCCCAAAAAUGACGUUUUUGCUAGCCACAGACUGGACACAAAACAAAUAUUUCCGUGCUUCAUAUUCAGCUCUUCUUGUUGGGCAAGAUUAUUAUAACAAUAUCCUGCCGUUUAUUGAUGGAGCUGACCGCCUCAGAUUUGCUGGUGAACAUACUACCCAUGAUGCCAAUGGAUGCGUUCAAGGUGCCUAUGCUACAGGUAGACGAGAAGCCGAGUAUAUUUUGGCUGAUAUGAAGGGAGAUGCUUUACCAUACAAGAUACGAGAAUCUUUGGAGAAUGUUAAUUUAAACGGAAAAUAG